GGUGGGGGGGGAUUGUUGUGUUGGAGGCUCCGGAACCAAUGCUCUGCGGCGCCGUUUGCACCCGGAGGGGAUGUGUCGGGGGGUGGGGGUGACUUCCGGUGAGCGGUUGGCGGAGGCCGAGAUGGCGGUUUGCGGGGUCCACCUGGAGUCGGACGCCUUCCUGGUGUGUCUGAACCACGCUCUGUCCACCGAGAAGGAGGAGGUGAUGGGGCUGUGUAUCGGGGAGGUUGACACGAGCAGGAUUGUCCACAUUCACUUCGUCAUCAUCCUACGGCGCUCGGACAAACGCAAGGAUCGGGUCGAAAUUUCUCCAGAACAACUUUCUGCAGCUUCCACUGAAGCAGAGAGAUUAGCUGAAAUGACUGGCCGUCCAAUGAGAGUGGUGGGAUGGUACCACUCUCAUCCCCAUAUCACUGUAUGGCCUUCACAUGUGGAUGUUCGUACACAGGCCAUGUAUCAGAUGAUGGAUCAGGGCUUUGUGGGUCUUAUCUUCUCCUGUUUCAUCGAGGAUAAGAACACUAAGACGGGUCGAGUUCUUUAUACCUGUUUUCAGUCAAUACAAGCACAGAAAGGUUCUGAGUUUGAACGAAUAGAGAUCCCAAUCCAUGUAGUGCCUCAUGAAACCAUUGGCAAAGUGUGCCUGGAAUCUGCUGUUGAGCUCCCCAAAAUCCUUUGCCAGGAGGAGCAAGAUGCUUAUCGAAGAAUUUACAGUUUGUCACAUCUGGAUCCUAUCACCAAGAUUCACAAUGGAUCAGUUUUCACAAAGAACCUGUGCAGCCAGAUGUCAUCAAUCAGUGGGCCCUUGUUGCAGUGGCUGGAGGACCGUUUGGUGCAGAACAAACAGCACGUCCUGGAGCUUCAGCGAGAAAAGGAACAGCUCCUCCAGGAACUGGCCGGCCUGAAGUGAAAGCAAUUCUAGGAGCUGAGGGAAAAUGGGGCUGGAAAGCGCACCAGAUAAUUCCUCGCUAAUACCAUGUUCAGGGAGGUUGUCAAAGUGUAACAAAGCUCCGUGCAGUAAGGCUUUAACGCCAAAUUGAAGGUUCCCACUUUGUCUGAGUAACUCCGCACCUAGAAUAAUGAAAUCUAGCACACUAGUGCACAAGGCAACCAAAGCUGAAGAUGGGGGCUGCUCAGCUCACUGGUUGCUCCAGGUAUUGGUUAUUGGGUUGAAAUAAGCCAUUGUACAAUACAGGCAAUUUUUUGCUGCUGUUCUAACAGUCGACAGCUUUCUUGUUUUAACGAUUGAUUCCUUUGAAUCACACAGUCCCAUGGGAAAUGGCAGUUUAACCUACAACCAGAAUGAAAUCCAGAUCAGGGAAUUUAUUAACUGUAUGUCAACUGGCUGCUUGUGUUUUGAGAUGGAUCGACAUAGGAUCAAACUGCUGACAGAUUUGAUUUUCUUUUCCUUUUAUGCAGAACAGACGUAAGCUGUUAGUUAGGUCAGAAUUGGUCAAUUGUGUACUAUUAAUAUUAGCAGUUUACUGCUAGAGGCACCUAGUGGUAGAAUAUAAAGAUUGCACCAACAUUCGGUCUCUUACUUUGAUGGGUGUCCCGUUUGAACAACCUGGGCCUUUUUACUGAGGUAUGCGAUUACAAUGUUAAGUUGCAUGCACACUUUGAUCGAAUGCUGGUGGUAACCUUGCUCGCUCUAAUACAAUGUUGAUUAAGUAAUUUGAUUGUCUUGUGUCUGUCCAGCACAAAGCACAGUAGGUAUAGAGUUUCCACUCUACCCUCAGCUUGAUUCAGCAAUACUGGAAAUUUAUUAGAAUACCGAAAAGCAAUUUGAUUUUUAACGUAGUCCUGGUGAACCACAGAGCACUAACUGAACAGCCACAAUCCAGUAGCAGUCUUGCUGCCUGUCUUUCUAUAGGACUUGCUAUGUAUACUGCCCCUUAUGCAAAUGACUCCACUAUCUCUUGCGGGCACCUGUGCCUCACUUUGCCAGAUUGUGGUCUACACAUGUAACGUAUAUUGUACGCUGUUGCCAUCUUUGGGCCAUGUGCCUCUGGUGAGAAUGGACUGUCCGUCUGUCCGUCUGUGACUGGGUGUACAGCCCACUGCCGAUAAACCAAAGCAGGCAUUUAGCCGUGGGCCCGCUUACACAAUGAAAUGGACGCUAUUUACAUUGGAGAUUGUGUAUUUAAACAUCUGUACUGAGUAAAUAUUACAAAUAAAUGCUGCCUUCUGCUAAUAUGAA